AUGCGCGGCGAACGCGCCGCUCGUGACACGCGGCACAACAAGGAUCACGAAAAUUUAAAAUCAUCACUUAAAAAGGGGACUAAAUCAAAAAAGCAUAGAGUUGUCUUCGAUGAGACUGCUAAUGAAUUUUUUGAGGCGGAUUACAUUAUUGUUGUCCGUGAUGAAUGUGGAUAUUCUGAUGAGGGUGAAGGCGAUGAAUGCUCAGGGUGCGGGGCGUGCGAGCGCUAUCAGGAGCCUGAGCCUGGUGCCCUCAGUCCACCAGAAGGGUACAAAGAUAUGGGGCUAUUUAACCGGGAUGGGACUUUGCGCGAGCAGGCUUGGUGGGAAGCGGGUGAUGUUGUUUUGGUCGGAGAGAGAUCAGGGACGGUUUUCACCCCGCAGCACCUGCAGCUCCUGCGACGGCUGCAGAGGGAGAGGAUGAUGCGAUCGUCAGUUUGCGCGGACUGCGAUGCACAUACGAUCCACCAGCCUCUGGGUGAGUCACCUUCCUCUUAA